AUGAGCAACUUAAUAGGCGGAUCCCUCAAACUGAAAGGAUCUAGUGGAGUCCAAAAGAAGCAAGGGAAGGCAGUCAAGCCCAAGAUCGAGUCUUCUGAUCAAAAGAAAAGGUCCAGCGACACUGCAGCAUCAUCUUCUUCUACAACAAUGGUAGCAAGUGGGUCGAAAUCAACUGGAAGACCAAAAACACCUGCAGAGCUCAAGUUUGAAGAAAUACAGAGGCAGAGGGCUUUAGAACGAGCUGAAAAGAUGGCACAGAAAUCACACAAGGAACGAGUAGCAGAAUUCAAUUCUAAACUGGAGAAUCUGAGUGAACAUUAUGACAUACCAAAGGUUGGACCUGGUUAA